ACAACUGGUAGUGACAUUUCCGUUUUCAAAGAAAUGUAGGAAAAAUCAGCUGUUACAUACUUGAGUUAGUCGGUGAAUAAAGAUUAAAAAUCACAAAAGUAGACGUGUUGUGGUAUUCAUAUCAUUCAUAAAACAAUGGGAAAGUUAUUUCCAAUCUUCACCAGAAAACUCACGCACGUGUGCAAUUUAAUACCCUACAAAGAUACGAAAUGGCUAAUGCCGAACGGUAAUCCUACUGGAGCUUAUGUCUACAAUUGUGUCGCGGAAGGAAAAGUUCCGAUAAUAUUAAACGACCCAACAAUCGCUACUUGGUAUUCUUGCGGCCCUACAGUAUACGACUCCGCACAUAUAGGUCAUGCGUGUUGCUACGUGAAAUUAGAUAUUAUUCAAAGGAUUUUAAAGUCCUUUUUCAAAAUCAAACUCGUUACAGCAAUGGGUGUAACCGAUAUCGAUGAUAAAAUAAUUCAAAAAGGACUGGAAACCAAAACAGAUUUCAGAACGAUAGCCAAAAAAUAUGAGCACGAAUUUUGGUUAGACAUGUCGAGCUUAAACAUUGAAAAACCAAUGAUUAUAAGUAGAGUAUCAGAUCACAUAAGUUGUAUUAGUCAAUUUGUUCAAAGUCUUAUUGAUUCUGGUAUGGGUUAUACUGCUAAAGAUGGUUCAGUCUAUUUUGACACAUCUAAAUAUCCAGCAUAUGGUAAACUACAGAGAAUGCAAGAUGUUGGUGAACCUAGCACCAAAGUAAAGAAGAAUAAAAUGGACUUUGCUAUUUGGAAAGGCCACAAACCUGGCGAACCUAGCUGGCAAACUGAUUGGGGUGAGGGAAGGCCUGGCUGGCAUAUAGAAUGUUCUGCUAUGGUCAGCAAAAUAUUUGGCUCGCAACUUGAUUUCCAUGCUGGUGGUAUUGAUUUACAGUUUCCUCAUCACGAAAAUGAGGAAGCCCAAUCCUGUGCAUACCACAACUCAAGGCAAUGGGCCAACUACUGGAUACAUGUGGGACACUUAAACCUAAAAGACACAAAAAUGUCCAAAUCGCUACAAAACACAAUAUCAAUACCUAAUAUUGUUGAUAAAUAUAGUGCAGACACAUUCAGAAUGGCAUGUCUAAUGUCAAAUUAUAGGUAUUCCAUGGAAUUUAGCGAUGAAAUAAUGUUAACAGCAGAAGAUGUUUUAAACAAAUUUAAAUUCUUCUUAAAGGAUGUUAGCAUAUAUGCUAAUAACAAUAGUAAUUUGCAUGCAGUUUAUAAUGAUAAUUUAUUAAAUGAAUUACAAAAAGUUGAAGAAAGCAACUUAGAAUGUUUGAAAAUGGACUUUGAUACAGCUUCUUGUAUCAAUUCAUUGCUUCAUUUAGUUUCUGUAGCAAACAAAAUAAUGAAAUUAGAUUCCUCUGAAUAUUACCCUGUACCUAUAAUUUUAAUUGCAGAGUAUAUACUUCAUGUUCUGACUGACUUUGGUAUGAAAUUGACAGAAUCUAUGAAAGAUCAGAUCUCAAAUUCAUUAAUAGACAUUUUAGUUGAAUUCAGGCAUAUGGUUAGAUUUAAUGCUUUAGAGAAAAAAGAUAAGGAACUAUUGGCAGCUUGUGAUGUGGUCAGAGACAAAAUGAAAUCUAUGAAUGUACAAAUUAAUGAUAGUAAGAAAACACCAUAUUGGGUUUUAGUUAAGUAAACACGUUAAAUUAAUGUUUUGUUUUUAUUACACUACAUGUUAGCUCUUGUCUGCAGUCAAACCUGGUAUGAACCAAAAAAUAAAUCCAUGCAAAUCUUACAAAUGC